AUGUCAAACUCAAUAAAGUACAUUGUCGCUCUUGUCCUCUUGGCUCUGGCAGGUUUAUCCCAGUAUUAUAGGCAAGUCUAUUGGUUGGUGGAUGUGGCAGCCGAAGAAUCGAAGGCGGCACUCAAGAUGGAACCAAUUCCACUGCCCAGCAUUAUCCAAACCAAAGAUUGGCCACCACCAAAUACAGACAUAUUCAUGCCACGCAGCAACAAUAGAACCAGCAAUGUCUAUGCAGGCUUUAACCUUGUGGUAAUCACCAUCUGUUGCCUUGCAGACGAAAAGCACCCUGACCCCUACACAAGUACUCAAGCCAUCAACAAGGAGUACUUUCUUCGACAUGGUAUCCCCUUCAUCAUUUUCCGUGCCUGCGAGUUUUUGGGAGAUUGGGAACGAAUUCUUCGAGCAGGGCAAGUCCUGAAGCAUUCAAGUUCAUUGGAUUUUGUGGCAUGGAUGGAUUGUGAUGCGGGUGUUGUGGCAGGCCCUGAGGAUGAUGCUAUUGUGAAUCCCUUUGACAGGUUCCUUCGUCACUUUGAUCUUUUCAAUCCUCUUCCCAGUCGGCGUGAUGCAGUGGGAAUGGUGCUGUCUCGUCACGUGGAUUUUAGUGGAUCCAGGGCUUAUACCAAAAUUGGAUUCAAACGGAAUCAUUGUGCUUUGUCAAACUACUACCCUCCUUCCACUGUAAAUGAUGGGGACUGUUUGGUCAAUAGUGGAGUCUUGGUUAUUCGCAACAACAAAGCUGGCUACAAGGCCAUCAACCGGUUUGAUGAAGUUAUGCAUUGGGGAAACAUCAGCUGGUUGCAGCCAUCAUACAACUACAUCUUGCAACAACAGCUUGAUAGUGGAAACAGAAGUUAUCCAGUAAGGGUAGUCAAAGGUGCAUGGUUCAAUCGAAAAGGUCUUCCACUUGGUUUUCACAGUGAGAAACGGAAACGGUUGACUUCCCAAGAUUUUUUUAGAGGCCAAUGGUGGGCCAAGAAAAUACCAACAUUUAUCAUGCAUCCUUGGGGCUAUGAUCCCAGGCAGAGGAAACAUUGGUGGGAUUGUGCCUUGACAGUCACCCCAAAGUCUGCGGACCGAAUUGUAGACCAAUGUGUCCAUUGGUUUCUGGAAACUGAGAAAGACCCAGGAGAAGGAUCAACCCACUACUUUAGCUCAUCUGAGCUCCCAGAGUUCUCAAAAAAGGAAUCACAAACCGCGGACGAGACAGUUGCAGAUGACAAGGAAGAACCACAAAAAGAGCGGAAGUUCCUGUAG